GCGCACAUGCGAGGGGUGUUCGGCUUUCUCCGAGCUCAUUGACUGCUAAAUCAGGAAAUGCCUUUUAAGACAACAAGCCCAGAUUCAAUGCGAUCGAUGCGUUCUUUUGAUUUUAGUCGCCAGCGGGUGUUUAAUAAUCAUCGAGAGACUUGACGAGUCGUUUUAGAAAGAGCCGAGCGAAUGAUUUGAUUCUGCAGAAUGAACAUCAAGACAGAUCAAGUUAGGUGAACGCUGAAGGUUUGUAGGUGAGAGACAUCACACACCUUUGAUCAUGCCAAGAACGAAAAGCGACGAGUUCACUUUCGUCAGUCCAGCUGUGAAAUAUUUACUUUUUUUCUUCAACAUGAUAUUUUGGGUAAUCGCACUGAUCCUCAUAUCUAUUGGAGUUUAUUCCAGGAUAGUUAAACACGAGACAGCGCUGGCCUGUCUGACGGUGGAUCCUGCUCUGUUAUUGAUGAUAGUGGGCAUUCUCAUUUUCUUCAUCACGUUCUGCGGCUGUGUGGGUUCUCUGAGGGAGAACAUAUGCUUACUGCAGACAUUCUGCAUCGUCUUGAGUAUCAUCUUUCUGCUGCAGCUAGUGGCUGGUGUUCUGGGUUUUUUCUUCUCAGACAAGGCACGUGGCAAAGUAACAGAAAUGGUUGACAGCGCCAUCAAGAAUUACAGGGAUGAUAUAGAUCUUCAGAACCUCAUUGACUAUGGGCAAAAACAGUUUAACUGCUGUGGGGGGAUCUCUUACUUGGAUUGGUCUCAGAACAUGUACUUCAAUUGUUCAAACGAGAACCCAAGCAGAGAGCGCUGUUCUGUGCCCUUCUCCUGCUGCCUGAUCUCCAAAGAGGAGACUGUUAUAAAUACCAUGUGUGGUCAUGGGGUGCAGCUGCUGGAAUAUCUCGCAGCUGGUGCCUACAUUAACACCAAUGGCUGCAUUGAUAAAGUGGUGAACUGGGUCCACAGUAACCUGUUUCUGUUGGGAGGCAUCGCACUGGGCCUGGCCAUCCCACAGUUGGUUGGGAUCCUUCUUUCUCAGAUCCUUAUUAAUCAAAUCCAGGAUCAGAUUAAACUACAGAAUUACAACAAACAACAUCGCUCAGACCCCUGGAGCUGAAACUCAAAACGGUUGUAUAAAAAGCUUGGGAACUCGUUGCUGCCUGAAGUGACUGACAUGGACUGGAUUCUGAAUAAGGAGAACUGGGCUUAAGAACAGGCAACCAAGACACAUUUGUCAUAUGUAAGGUCAUUUAUGUAUGAUAUUUUAGAAACCAGAAUAUUUGUAGGUAUAGUGUGAGACAAACUGAAGAUCAAGAGGUCAAUAAAACAAUUUUGGGAUAUUUUAUGAGCACAAAAUGUUUUUUUAAGGAGUGUGAUCUUAGUAAAGGAUGGUUCAAACUAGUUUAAUGUGAUAUUUAUUGAUUUCCAGUAUGGACAUUUUUAAAAACAAACGUUGUGUUGGUAGAUAUUAUAAACAUCUGAGAUUAAAUAGAAAUGAAAAUAUUUUUAUUCACCAUGUAUUUUGCCUAAAAAAUUCACUUUAACAUGUCUAAACAGUCAUAUGUGCUUCUUAAUUUCCAUAUUAUUUCAUAUCAUAUUAUUUUUUAAGUAUUAUUUCAAAGAAUAUAUUUUUAAGAAGCACAAAACAUUUAAAGAGCAUUGGUUUUAUUACAACAUAACUCACUCCAUGGCAUUUGGCUGUAUUUUUUCUGGAAUGACUCCCCCAUCAACAAAAUCUGCUUAUAGUCUGUGCUUGAGUUGGCCAGAGAUUCAAGUGUUUACUUCGCUGUUUAUACUCAGACAGUGGUGAGUGUCCUCCUUCCGUUUGGACAAUGUUCAUUAAGUGGAUCUCAA